AUGGUCUCGUACAAGGAAAUACAAGCAUCCAAUGCACUCAUCAACGAUACGACGGCGCCACAAGUCGCCGUCUUCGUUGGCGGGACGUCAGGCAUCGGAAAGUACACGAUCAAGGCGUUGGUCGCUACGGGUGCAAGCGUCAGAAUCUAUCUAGUCGGCCGCAAGAGCUCUUAUGAGCGUAUGCAGACCUUUAUCCAGGAGCUGCAGGCCAUCAACUCCAAGGCAGAAGUCGUCUGGACCGAAGGUGAGAUCGCGCUCCUCGCAGAAACCAAGAGAGUGUGCGAUGUCAUCAAGAGCAAGGAGUCCCGGCUCGACUUGCUAUUCCUCACUGCGGGCUACGCGCCCUUCGGCGGUCGCAAGGAAACCACCGAGGGCAUAGAAACCUCCCAGAGCCUAGAAUACUACUCACGAAUACUUUUUGCACUCCACCUGCUCCCUCUCUUAAACAAAGCAGAGGCCCCCCGAGUCGUCAGCGUUUUGGCUGGUGGGCUGGAGAAAACCAGCAUCGACGUGGACGACUUGGACCUCAAGAAGCCUGGUAACUUUGGCAGCGUUAAGGCUCAGAUCCAGUACGGAACUAUGAACACCAUGGGCUGGGAGAAACUCGCUCAAGGAAACCCCAGCGUGACCUUCAUCCACUCCUGGCCCGGCUGGGUUAAUACAGAAAACGCGAGGAGGGGCUUGGAGCCGAAUUCGGUCAUGGCCUGGGUUGUCCGGAUCAUACUCGAGCCUCUCAUCAACGUAUUCAGUUUUAGUGAUGACGAGUCCGGACAGAGACAUCUGUUCCAGUGCACGAGUGCAGCCUUUGGCGGCCGUGGUGUUCCAUGGCAGGGCAAGCCGGGUAUCAAUUCAUUGGAGAAGCAAGAAGAUGGACUGUUCCUCGUCAACUACAAAUGUGGCUGCACCCCGAAUGCAAAAUCUAUGACUGUACUUCGAGAGAAGGCGAUGGAAAAGGUUUGGGACCAUACUCAGGAAGUCCUUCAACCCUAUAUGUAG